ACCAGCGACGAAGUAGCAGCAGCAGCAGCAGCGAUGGAGGCCAAGACGACGCGCUUCCUGACGCAGUUCUCUCGCGCCGUGUUCCAGCAGUGGACGCAGACGCCCGCGCGCGAGCAGUUCUGGAAGGAUGGCGCCUUCCUGCACGCGAUGCUGGAGGAGGCGGUGGCCAAGCUGCCGCGCGGGAAGCUCAAGGCGCAGCUGGCGCGCGACCUCAAGCCGCUGGAGACGCAGCUGGCCUCGCUGCUGCGCGAGCUGCACGUGGAGCACGUCACCAAGCAGCAGCAGCAGCAGCAGAGCGAGGCGGCGCAGCAGGGCUCGCUGGCGCACGGCGCGCUGCUGAACGAGGAGCUCACGGAGCUGGAGCUGACGCAGGCCGCCGCCGCCGCGACCUCUGACAAGCAACGCCGCCUGGCGGGCGUGCUGGCGCUGGACGCCGGUGUGGACGUGGCGCAGCACGCGGCGGACGCGCAGGAGCAGGACGCGGAGCAGCUCGUGCAGCUGUUCGCGCUGGUCGCGGCGCGCAGCUACGAGUCGCCGCAGGACCAGGGGCGCAAGCGUGGCCUCGUGCUACAGCGACUGGCGGCCUGCGCGCAGACGCAGCUGGAGGCGCUGCCGAGCAACUGGAGCUGCGACGCCGAGAGCGACGCGGGCAAGCAGGUGCUGCAGCUGCGCGCGCUGCUGGAGCGCGUCGUGGUGCAGGACGCGGUGGCUCUGGCUAGUGAGGAGGAAGUUGAUGCUGUUGCCGCGGGACAGCUGCAGGCCCCCUGGACCAAGUUCUACUGCCCCGAGAAGAGCAAGGAGCUGAAGAAGGUGUCGUACGACGACGAGGUGGCCAAGAUCUACGGCGUUCUGCUCGCUCUGGCGGUCUACUUCCCCAUUGAGACUGAGGACGAGGAGGACACGUCGGCGGAAUCCUCUUCCUCGGAAGAUGAGGAGGAGAGCACGACUACACAGCAGACGCAGAAGCGGAAGCCGCUGGGCGCGGUGGCACAGGCCCAGCUCUCGACUCGGCAGACGCUGCUGGCUGCUCAGAUGCGCCAGCGUGGACUUAACCAGAGCGGACAGUGGCUCGUGUCGGUGCUGACCUUCCUGCAGGGACUGCCCAAGCCUGCAACUUACCUUGAUGAAGACGAGGACGAGGCCCUUGAUGCGGAGGACCGCCGUGCGCUCCUGGACUGUGUUGGACAUGUCUACACGCGCGCGUUCGCCAGCGUGGCGCUGUUUGACCAAGGCAAGGAGAAUGCCGCGGAAGAGAAGAUUGCGGUGCAGGAUCGCGCUCUGUUCGAGGCUGUCGUGUGCCUCCGCCACGCGGUGCAUUUCAUGCGUGUGGAGCGCAAGUCCAGCCUGCCGGCCAUCACUACGGCAAUGGCUCACCUGGCUGGUGUGCCGCUGCCUUUGAGCUUCACGACUUGGCUCGACCUUGAGCAGACUGCAGCCCCCAAGUCUGUGCUGGAGAAGGCGACGCAGCGAUUGUGGAAGAAGUGUGCCGACCACAGCAAGAUGGUCAACAUCCUGCUGAGCUCGACUGAGGUGACGACCGAAGAGCUUCCUCUUAUCCAGAAGAGCUACCUAGAGUACAUUGACCGUGUCGCUGAAGGCAACGUGGUCAAGCCUAGCCAGACGGCUGAUACUGAGCCGUCGUCGUCUGCUGCGGCAGCAGCGGAGGAAGCUACGGCCGACGCCAGCAGUUUGUUCUACGUGGACAACGCAGGCGGCGAAGCCGAGGAGGCCGCUAGCAAGUCGAAGAAGAAGCGUGCCAACAAAAAGAAGCGCGCGAACCAAACCAGCGAGGCGUCGCCUUCGAAGCGCAGCCGGACUUCGAGCAGUUAG